AUGCACACGCGGCCACUGCUCGCUGAACGGUUGAAUGACGGCCAGUUGCCACACGGCAAGACGACCCCUCACCGCCAUUGCGGCUUGGUUGUUCUGAGUCUGCUCCUCCUCCUCGCAUGCGCGUGGUGCGCCAGCGCCCGCUCCGCUGUCCUGACUGUCGAGAAGGAGACUGUCGAGAAGGAGAGCCCUGCCGUCAUUGCUCGCACCAGCUGCGGUGUCGUGCAGGGGCGGACGCAGGCGGGUGGCGUCGCCGCCUUUCGCGGCAUUCCCUUCGGCGAAGCUGGCCGCUUCCUGCCUCCGACGCCCGCCGCCUGCUGGCACGGCGUACUGGAUGCCUUGGCCGACGGACCGGGCUGCCCUGGCAUGAAACCGCCGUACGGCCCUCCGGCCGUCUCCGAGCAGUGCCUGACGCUCAACGUCUUCACUCCCGUCGCCGCGCUCGGCAACGCCUCCGCCCGGCUCAGCGUCCUUGUCUGGCUGUACGGCGGCUCUCUUGUCGAGGGGUCCGUCGCCUCGUACGGCGCGAUCGAGAACCUGGUCAGCGGCAGCGGCGGGCGGGCGAUGCUGGUCGCGAUGAACUACCGCCUCGGCGCGCUCGGCUUUGCCGCGCUGGAGGAGCUCGCUUCGGCCGACCCUCGCGGAGUGAGCGGCAAUUACGGCAUCCUCGACCAGCAGCUGGCGAUGCGGUGGGUCGCGAAGAACGCCGCCGCCUUCGGCGGCGACGCGGCCAAGGUGACGCUCCUCGGCCAGUCCUCUGGCGGCACCUCCAUCCUCGCCCACCUCGCCGCGCCGGCGAGCCGCGGCCUCUUCCACGCCGCCAUCCCUAGAAGCGGAAUACGUAUUCUAAUCCAACCAGCGCUCGAGUGGACACGCGGACUCGAGUGGUCUGCUCUGCCGUACGUCGACGGCGUCACCAUCACGCGAGGCAGCUUGGAGGCGGCGCGCGAGGGCUACUCGGCGCCGCUGUUGCUGCAGAUGCUCGAGGGCGAGCUCGACUGGCAGCCCGACCCCGCCCUCGCCGCGCUGCGCAGCCGCGCCGACGCGGCCGCCUACAUCGAGGCCAAGCUGACGCCCGGCUUCGGCGCGGCGGCAGCGCGGCUCUACUCGAUCUACGCGGGUGUCGGCGGCGAGAACGAGACCCUGCCCGCCGCGCCAGCUUACGCGCUGACUGCGGACACGGGCGCGACUUGCGGCUCGCUCGCGCUCGCAGUUGAGGCGGGCGCCGCGCGGCGGAGGAGCGGCACCGCCGCCGUCUUCCUCUCCCUCGUCCGGGCGCGGCCGCACCACCCGCUCUUCCUCGAGGACUGCCACACGCCCUCCAUCUACGCCUUCCACCUCUUCGACUUCAUCGCCGCCAUGUCGGUCGGCGCGCCCACCGCGGCGGCGGUGAGCGCCUGGGGCUGGGACCCAGACGUGUCGUACUGGCCCGGGAGCCGGUGCGGCCCCUACCGCCCAGCGCCGGCGGACGUGGCGCUCGGUCGAGCGCUCCUCCGGCAGUGGCUCUCCUUUGCGGAGCACGCGGGCUUCCCCGCCGGCGAGGGCUGGCGUGCGGUCGACGAUGAGCCGGGCUGGCCGGCCCACUAUGCGCACGGCGUCAUUGGCGACGGAGGGCGGACGACCAGCGAGGUCGACCUCAAGACGGCCGCGUGCGCGGCGUGGCGGGAGGCCGGCGUGGGGCAAGAGUGGUGGUGGAUCAACUAG